AUGUAUUUCUGUAAAAUAGACCCUGGGCUUCAUGUUAAUAGAAGAAAUACAAUUCUGACAAUGACCUUUGGGGAUAAUGCAGAAAAACACAGGUUGGAUAGAACUCCAGAGCCUAAUGAAGAUAAGAAGUAUAUAAGUACUGCUUUAGUGAAAGGGAGGAGCGAGAGAGAGGGGAGGGCUGGAAGAGCCCAGGGCUGCCCUCCCCCCCUCCAACCCCCCUCCCCCUGCCGCAGCAGCUGUGCUGGGCUUCCAAGGUCAACCGGCAAUUGUGGUGGUGACAUCGAGGAACUCAGAGAUGUCCAGUGA